GGCAACGUUAGUUGUAAAUUUGUCUUCGUUUUCAUCAAUUGAAAUUUUUUACUCACCAAUUUUGUUUUGCUUUUGCAUUAAAUCUUGGAUCGUGUAAUCAGUGAUUACUAAUCAUUCAAUAGUUGACCAUUUUCAACAAUGAUACGAAAAAAAAUGUUUAAAUUACUUUGUGAAUUGUUGUCAGUGUUUUUGAUUAUACCAAUCAUGCAAUGUGAUCCACACAUAAUGAAACAAACAAACAAUGGCCCAGUUGAAGGCAUAGAACAAACAGGUUUUUUAGGCAGGAAAUAUUAUGCGUUCAGAGGUGUUCCGUAUGCUGAAAUUCCAAUAACAGGAAUAGAUCCAUACACUGGAGCUGAAGUCGAUCGAAGAUUUAAGCCAACGGUACCGCUAACUCGAAGAUGGACGGAGGCUCUAAAGGUGUAUGAAUAUGCAGAUGGUUGUAUCACGUCAACAAAGUUUUUACCAAAAAUAACAAAAACUAGUGAAAAUUGCCUCUUCUUAAAUAUCUACGUGCCAGAUGGUGGUUCAGAGAAAAAAACAGUAAUGGUGUAUAUCCAUGGUGGUGGAUUUACCGAAGGAACGGCAACCGAUUUGCUGUACGGACCAGAUUUCCUGAUUGAAGUAGAUAAUAUUUUUGUAACACUUAAUUAUCGUUUGGGCAUUUUUGGUUUUAUGAAUCUUGGGUUCGGCGAAUAUACUGGAAAUAUGGGAUUGAAAGACCAACAAGUUGCUCUCAAAUGGAUUUAUGAAAAUAUUGAAUAUUUUUCUGGAAACAAAAAUGAAAUUCUACUUUUUGGAGAAAGUGCUGGCGGUGCAUCUGUGAAUUAUCAUAUGCUCAAUGAAGAAUCGAGAAAAUAUUUUAACAGAGCGUUUGCAAUGAGUAGUUCAGCUUUAAAUUUCUACGCAUUAUAUGAACCAAAUCAUUUGGAAAUAAUGCAAAAUUUCUCAAAUAUUCAAGACAAAGAUAAACUAAUUGAACAUUUAAAGAAAGAAGAUAGUGCAAUUCUUGAACAAUUCAGAUCAACCACAAGUCGUGGACUGGUUUUACUUCAAUCACCAUGGGUUCCAACUAUUGAAAAUUCUACAACAAAAGGCGCAUUCAUAACUGAGUCUCCGGAAGAAAUUUACAAGUCGAAGGCUCCAGUUAUGGAUACUUUGUUUAGUUUCACUUCUCAAGAAUAUGUUACAUUUAAUGCAAAUCUUACUCGAAAUACUGAACCGUUUCUUAGUGGAAAUUGGAAUGAGUCAAAAUUAUUAUUGCCAUUUGCUGGAUUUGAUAAAGAAAUUUAUCCAGAGGAAUACAAAAAGGCUUUUGAAGCAUUGAAAAAUGCAUAUUUUAAUGAUACGAGCAAUAUUGAUGCGAUCAAACGUGGAAAUAUUGCUCUUCUUUCGGAUAUGAAUUUUGGAUACAACAUUUUAAAAGCCGUUCAAUAUCAAGUAAAAGCAAAUAACAAAGGAAACACCAAACGAAAUACAUUUUUGCAGAGAUUUUCAGUGAAUGCUGAUAUCAACUUAUUUAAACAGUUGAUGCAGUUGAAUUACGAUGGUGCGUCCCAUGGUGAAGAUGUAUGUUUCAUAUGCUGUUGCCAUUUAUUAAACAGGUUGGGAAUUUAUGAAAAAAAUUUGAUAAUCAAAGACAACUCAAAUAUAAAUUACAAUGCAAUCAUGCGCAUGGUUAAUAUAGUUACGAAUUUCGCGAAAACUGGCAAUCCAUCGAUCGAAGGUGAUACACCAUUCAAAUCAUCUACAUCAACAGAGGAAAUAUUCUCGCAAGAUAUCACAAACGAUUCAAAAACCACUUUGGUUACUGACAUUAUGGAUCAACUGCACUUUGAUACAUGGAAAGAAAUUGAAGACACCUAUAAAAUAAUAAAAGCAACGCAUACCGAAUAAUCAAUAACUUUAGGGCAAUUCCAAACAUUACAAUCAUAUUUCUUUAUUUUGCUUCUUCUCAGUAAAUCAAUAUAAAAAAAACUCCACAUUUCGAAUAUAUGUAACUAACUAAUAGCUAUAUAAUUUCAGCCUAUUUUAUCAUUAAUCAUUUUUAAUUUACAGAUUUCGAAAAACUUCGUAGUUUUCAGAAAAUAAUGGCAUUUAUAAAAUAUCAAUUGAUUUAAAAUUUGUACUUGAAGAGUAAAAAAAUGUUCAAUUAAAAAAAUUAUUGUUGCCAGACAGUGCCGUUCGGAUCACUUGUCAUUAAACCAUUUUGCAAAGUAUCAGCGAUUGCAUUUCUAAUGCGCGUUCUUAAGAUCGUUUCCGUUUUCCCAUUUAAAAGGAAAAAUGUAUAAAUGUAUGAUAAUAAAUUGAUCUUGACGUAGUUAUGGUUUUUCGAUUUUCGUCUUGCAAGUAACAUA